GGACGGGCAGGCACGCUUGCUGCUCUGUGUCUACCGUUUGGCUCAUUCCGUGUUUGCAUGAUGUCUACUUCCUGAUUUUCUUUUCUAGAAUUGUAUUCUUGCUUCAUUCACUGGAUACUUCGUGUUCCGAGGACUCCUGGGAUUGGCCGUUCCCCUGCCUGCUCCUGGCAUAGAUAAGGCACGAUGGAUAAUAAAGUUCCAGGAGCCAUAUGGAAUGGAGAUUCGAUGCCAGCCCGGCCUCUAAUGAAGAAGGAGGCUCAGGACGAGGCAGCUUCAGACAUGGUUGAAAGGGGACAGUGGAACAACAAGAUGGAAUUUGUAUUGUCCGUGGCUGGAGAAAUCAUCGGGCUGGGGAAUGUUUGGAGGUUUCCAUAUCUUUGUUACAAGAAUGGAGGAGGAGCCUUCUUCAUUCCCUAUCUCAUCUUCCUCUUCACCUGCGGGAUCCCCGUCUUCUUUCUGGAGACGGCUCUGGGUCAGUACACCAGCCAGGGGGGGGUCACAGCCUGGAGGAAAAUCUGCCCCCUGUUUGAAGGUAUUGGAUACUCGUCCCAGGUCAUCGUCAUCCUGCUCAAUUUCUACUACAUUGUAGUCUUGGCCUGGGCUUUUUUCUACCUCUUUAAUUCGUUCACCUCUGAUCUGCCCUGGGCGUCCUGCAACCACUUCUGGAACACAGAAAACUGCGUGGAUUUUCAAACAAUGAACUCCACCAAGAACGUGACGCUAAACGGCACCUCCAGCGUCAUCGAGUUUUGGGAGAGACGAGUCCUUAAUAUAUCGGACGGCAUCGAUCACAUGGGCAGCCUGCAGUGGGAGCUGGCACUCUGUUUGCUGCUGGCCUGGAUCAUCUGCUACUUCUGCAUCUGGAAGGGAGUCAAGUCCACCGGGAAGGUUGUAUAUUUCACAGCCACAUUUCCCUACCUGAUGUUGAUUGUUCUCCUCAUCCGGGGGGUGUCUCUCCCGGGGGCUCUGCAGGGCAUUCAGUUCUACCUGUACCCCGACCUCACCAGGCUCCAGGACCCCCAGGUGUGGAUGGACGCCGGGACUCAGAUCUUCUUCUCGUACGCCAUUUGCCUGGGGUGCCUGACCGCGCUGGGAAGUUACAACAAAUACAACAAUAAUUGCUAUCGAGACUGCGUCGCCCUCUGCUUCCUUAACAGUGGCACAAGUUUCGUGGCUGGGUUUGCCAUCUUCUCCAUCCUGGGUUUCAUGGCCAAGGAGCAAGGAGUCCCCAUAUCCGAAGUGGCAGAGUCUGGUCCAGGCUUGGCGUUCAUUGCCUACCCCCGAGCUGUCUCCAUGAUGCCAUUCUCUCCUCUCUGGGCUUGUUUCUUUUUCAUCAUGGUCAUUCUACUGGGCCUUGACAGCCAGUUUGUCUGUGUUGAGAGCCUCGUCACAUCUCUGGUUGACAUGUACCCCAGGACCUUCCGCAAGAAGAAUCGCAGAGAACUUCUCAUCCUCGGGGUCAGCAUUUUCUCUUUCCUUAUCGGACUGGUCAUGCUGACGGAGGGUGGGAUGUACGUUUUCCAGCUAUUUGAUUAUUAUGCGGCCAGCGGGAUCUGCCUUCUUUUUGUGGCCAUCUUUGAGACCAUUUGCAUUGGUUGGGUGUACGGUGCUAAUAAUUUUUAUGAUAACAUCGAGCACAUGAUUGGUUAUAGACCUCUCCCUAUCAUCAAGUACUGUUGGCUUUUUAUAACUCCGGCUGUGUGCAUGGCGACCUUUCUGUUCUCUCUGGUGAAGUACACCCCUCUCCAGUAUAAUAAACGCUAUACGUAUCCCUGGUGGGGAGAUGCGAUAGGAUGGCUUCUAGCGCUCUCCUCGAUGAUCUGCACCCCUCUGUGGGUCUGUUACAAACUGUCUACCAUCAAAGGAUCUCUGGCGGAGAGAUUCCGUCAGUUGAUCUGCCCAGACCCGGACCUUCCGCAGAAGACCACCAUGCCUCUUCACGCUCCUAUAGGAACGCCACUAGAGGAAUCCUUAUGUUAGACUGGUUUGCAGGAGAUGUACCUUCAGUUACUGGAGAAAAGCAACGCUGUAUAUGUACGUCAUGAGCCCGUAGACCAAAGGCGCUAACCGAUAGACAUUAAUCACUGGUGGAUCAGAAGAAACGCGACUGUGUUAUAUUUUUAUAUUAUAGAAAAGGAAUUACAGUACUGUAGAUCUAUACAUUUUUUUCAGAAUGGUGCAGUUUACAUAGAAUAUUUAAAUUUUAACCUUUAGUUGUGGCAGCUGCUAGUCUUGCCCCCCGUUCAUACAGCCCACUGGGUACACACUUAUAUUACUGAAACCCCAAAUUUAUUCUGCCAGCUAAUGAACGGGGAGAGGUCUACAUUUAUGUAUGAAAAACGGUGUAUAUAAACAAUUCUGUAAAUAUAUAAAUAAGAUAGAAAUAGAAAAAAGAAACAGUAUUUUCCCGGGCAUUAGUAAAUACAAAUAUUUCAAAAAGCACGGAAGGGUUUUCCUGAGAGCAUAAAACCCAAUAGGCAUAAUCAUGUACCCUGUAGAGUGCCAAAGAUAGGGGACACUAUGUGACGUUCUCAUUAAAAAGAUAAUAUAAUGACA